CGGAUCGUAGCGGUGACAGCGACGCUCAGAGACUCCCGAACAAACUGUCAAAAAAAAGCAGACAAGUAACGCCAUGGCGGAGUUAGACCUGAGUCUGAGUGACGCGCUGACGGACAGUGUUCCCCAGUCAGGCCCGGAGAACCUAGUGGAGAGGGACUUUGUGGCUCAGCUGGAGUCGGAGGCCUUCGACGAUCAGGUUGGAGAGACGGUGGGAAAGACAGACUACAUCCCCCUGCUGGACAACGAUGACCCCAGACCAGACGCGGGUACUGCAUUGGAGAAUGGAGAGCAGGAAGCUCAGGGUGUGCAAAAACCUGGUUGUAAACUGACUGCAGGAGGACCGACAUCAGUUUUGCGCCCAGAGCCACAGGGAGAAGUGCGGAAACACUCACUGGACCAGCAGCAGGCCUUGGCUACAGACUUCUUAUCAGCCUCCAUGGCAGGUUAUUCAGAUCCUCUGGGCUCCCAGACCAGCUCUGCCCAAAUGAUGGAUUCUGGCCUAAUGGGAGCUUUUUCAGGUUUCUCCCAGCCUGCAGGAAUGGGGAUGAAUGUGGAGGUGGGUGCAGCCCCCUUCUCAGCAGAGAGACCUUCAAGUAUAGCUGAACCCCAGCAGCCUACACCCCCAGCGGCAUCAGAUGCUCCUAAAGAGCACAGCCCCAUGCUGCCUGAACCCCAGACUCCUCGCAGCCCUCUGGAUCUGUCAGAAGGUGCCUUAGGCGACUGCUGGCCAGACCAGGCUGGCUGCCUACCGACAGACCUCCCUUUCACUCCCAGUGUCUCCGAUGUGAUAAAUCGCCAUGCCAGACAUCUCGCAACCACCCCCGAUGACCCACCUGACAGCUGGCCCAGUCGUGAGAGCACUAGCUAUGCUGGAGGUGAUGAAAGGGAGGGAGAGGGAUCAGACCGAAAACAGAAGAAGAAGAAGAAAAGGCGACAGAAAGAUGAGGGCCAUGACCAUGAAAGCAAAGGCCACCCUGAGGUGCAAGCACAGGGAGAAAACACUCCUCCAACAGAGGAGUUCUACCAAAGGAUUGGUCCAAGACGUGAUAGAGGAGAGGGGGGCUGGGAGGAGCAGAUUGGGAAGAGUGGUGGCCGGGGGAAGAGGGGUAAGAACAGAAAGAAGAUUCCUGAGGAGUGGGGAGUGGUGGCAGAACCCUCUGUCCCUUCAUCCACAGGGCCCUCUGAAAUUACAGAGGAGGUGAUAAUGGAUCAAGGGAGUCCAGCUCAGGCAAACCCGGAGGCCUCCGUUGAAGAUAUGGAUACCAGCCAGAGCCCUUGGAAAAAGGAGGUCCACGCAGAAGAAUGCUUGGUAUCUUCCCCCAUGUCUCAGGACAUAUUCUCCCCUACAUCUGCUUCCAUUAGCCCACUAGUCCUGAACAGUGAGCUGAAAGCUACAGCAGCUCCGUUCACUAUGCCUUCCACAACCAGCACUGGAAUGGUUGGCUCCUUCCCCAUGGCUCCUCACCCUGAUGAUCCAUUUGACCUCCUGAUGGAGAGUGAAAAUGCCAGUCUGGGCAAUAGCAGCCAGGCUUUUUCUCCACCUUUGUCAUCACAAAAUGAAGCAGCAGUUGGUGACAUGGUUGACAGCGGGAUGUUUGACAACUCCAGUUCUUUCCAAGAGUCUUCUGUGCAAGUCAUGCCUGAAAGUGACACCUCGGCUUUUAGCCCUGCCUCCCAGCCAAGCCCGGACCUUCCAACAAAAGGUGAGGUCUUAGCUUCAGCUCCACCUCUUUCACCCUCAGAUGCUUCUUGGCUCCUGAAUGAAUCCCACAUGAGCAGCAACAGCGAGCUAUUUGACUUCAGUGACAUAAGCACUUCAGGUCAUCCUUUACCCUUAAGCUUGGCCUUUGACACCCCAAGCCCAGCCCCUCUCCGCUCUCCCAAAACUACAGCUCAGGAAUUCCAAACCAAAGAACAAAAAGAUGCCAAAUCAGCCCAGAAACAAUCUAAGAAGUCUCGGUCUUCAUCUUCUUCCUCCUCUGUAAAGAGUCCUACCUCCCCAGAGGCUAAGAAAUUCCCUCCACAGGAAUCCCCAGGUAUCAGUCCCUCUUCCCCUCCAUCGCUCAGCCCUCUAGGAACUCCAGGAUCUGGUCUUAACCCUGCCGCUAAGCCCUUCUUUCCCAGCUUUGCUGAUCCCAUGGAAGAACCAGCUGUGGCCCCUCCAGUUGCCCCCACUGAAGUAAAAUCAGACAAGAUGGAGAAGGCAGAGAAGAAGGACGAGAAGCUGGAGGACAAUAUCAAGAAGGUGGACCUGUUUGACACCCUGGAUAAAGAUGAGCAUAAGAGCGUGAAGGUUGAAUUUGCAAACAGCGAGACUCCAGUUAAGAUGGAGAAAGAGGCUAAGAUAGAAAAACAGAAAGAAAUGGAGAAGGAGAUGGAGAAAAUAAAAGAGAAGGAGAAAGAGGCAGAGAAAAUUAAAGAGAAGGAGAAAGAGGCAGAGAAAAUUAAAGAAGAGAAUGAGAUAGAAAAAGGAAAAGAUAAAGAUAAGGAGCAAGAGAAACAGCCAGAGAAGGCUGAUGAGACCGAAAAGGUGAAAGAAAAAGAGACAGAACAAUUGGAAUCAAUGCAUCAGAAGACAGAAAAAGAGGAUAAAAUGAUCAAGGUAGAAGACUCACCAGACAAAUGGGUGAAGACAGAAUACGUGGACAAGACAGAAAAAUCUGUUAAAGUGGAGAUGACAGACAAUGUAGAGAACAAACCUGGGAAAGCAGAUAAUAUGGAAAACAUGGACACAAAUGAAAAGCCCAAAAUGGAAGACAAAGCAGAGUACAAAAACACAGAGAAGGCUGAGAAAACAGAGAUGAAGGAUGACAAAGAGCAGCACAUUGACAUAGUGGAAAAGACCCCAGAGCAACAGCUGACACCCGUCAAGCUUGAUACCAGUUUUGACAAGCCAGAGAUGAAGGCUGACAUGGAGACAAAGGCGGCAGAAAACGUGGAAGAAAUCAAGAAAGAGAAGGCUGACACAGACACAGCCAAGAAGACCGAGAAAGAGGACAUGGUGGAGAAAUCUUCAGAGAAACCUUUAGAGAAGCCUGCAGAAAAACCAACACAAAAGAACGAAAAGGAACAGAAGCAGGACAAAAUGCAGGGUGAAAAAAAGACGGUAGAGAAAAAAGAUGACAAAAAGGACAAGGCUGCAAAGGCAGAUGGAGGAGACAAGGCCAAAAGGGCAAAACCUGCAACUAAUGGAAGCAGCGCAACACCAAGCAAAGACCUGGCAAAGACCAAGCCUGCUGCCGGGGCGACCAAACUGAGCACCGCUGCCAAAUCACGGCCGAGCACUGCAGGUGCCAGUGUUGGUUCAGCCUCAAUCCCUACUAGGCGCCCCACACCCUCCUCCACCACCUCCACCUCAGACAAAAAACCAACCACAACCAGGGCACCAUCCACAACUGCUGCUGGCCUAAAACGGCCCUCCACCACUUCCACCAGCCGCCCCUCAACCGCAACCACUGCCACUACACGUGAGGUCAAACCCAAGACAACUGCAGAUAAGCGCCCCCUUGUGCCAAAGAGCAGCACUACCGCCUCGAACCUAACAGGCUCCACCGCAGCCACCAGAAAUGGAACGGCUACAGCGGCCAGCAGAACCGCUACAUCAAUGCGCACAACGGCGUCCGCUCGCACUGCUACCACCACUGCAGCCAAAAAGCCUCUGGCCUCUAAGACAGACAGCAAACCAGGAGAGGAGAAGAAGACCAGCACUAUGAGGACUUCUACAGCUGACUCUACCAAGUCCAAGACCACCACCACAACCCGCAGCUCUGUUUCCACCACCGCUGCCUCUCGCACCCGAACCGCACCAACCAAACCGGCCACGCCCUCCUCCACCACCGGGUCCGUACCUGAGAAGAAGCCCCCAGUGCCCCGCGUGCCCCGGGUCGCUUCCUCAACCACAGCUUCUGCCGCCGCUUCGAGGACCACCACAGCUCGACCAGGCUCAGGGGCGGCCCCCGACAUCCGCAACGCCCGCUCUAAGAUCGGCUCUACAGACAACAUGAAGCACCAGCCUGGAGGAGGGAAGAUUCCAUCUGCCUCUCAGAGCAGGGGCGUCGCCUCCAAAGAAACAAGCCAGGGCAAAGUGCAGAUACUCAACAAGAAGGUUGAUCUGAGCAAGGUGACGUCAAAGUGCGGCUCCAAGGACAACAUCAAGCACAAGCCUGGCGGUGGCGUUGUGAAGAUCGAGUCCCACAAAAUGAGCUUUAGGGAAAAGGCUCAGUCCAAAGUGGGCUCCAUGGACAAUGUGAGCCAUGCGCCUGGUGGAGGAAACAUUAAGGCUGAGGGGGCCCAGGAGACAACAGAGGGGAAUGGGACUCCCCUGAGUGGCACCCCGGCCCCAGCCCCAGGCUCCGAGCCAGGGCAAGGGGGGAGCCCCGCUGCCCAGGAGAAUGGGCUGAAGGAGGGGGCUCCCUGUGAUAGUGAGGGCCUCCGGGAGCCCCAGGUUCUGGACUCACGCAUCCCAGAGACAAAUUGAGUCUUUCAAGCUCAACUUCCGCGAGAAUGCUCGCUCUCGCACGGACCACGGCGCCGACAUCGUCACCUGGCCAGCCCCCCAGGACAACAACAGACCCCACCCACACCUUUCCUCCUAUUCUCUACACCAACACCACCAACAACAACAACAACACCACCC